AUGGGUAAACCGCGGAUGAUUAUUCUGAUUCGUCAUGCUCAAUCAGAGGGGAACAAGAACCGUGAAAUUCACCAAACGAUCCCCGACCAUCGGGUAAACCUCACACCGGAGGGGCACCGUCAAGCCUUAGAAGCUGGCACCAAGCUACGUGCUUUGUUGCGGCCUGAUGAUAAGAUUCACUUUUUUACAUCACCAUAUCGCCGGACUCGCGAGACCACCGAAGGCAUCCUCCAGUCGCUGACCGCUGAUUCCCCGGCACCGUCGCCCUUUCCGCGACAUACAAUCAAGGUAUAUGAGGAACCCCGGCUGCGAGAGCAGGAUUUUGGAAACUUCCAGCCAUGCUCUGCGGAAAUGGAGCGAAUGUGGCUUGAGAGGGCGGACUACGGACACUUUUUCUACAGAAUCCCGAAUGGGGAGUCCGCCGCGGACGCCUACGACCGAGUAAGCGGGUUCAAUGAGUCGCUCUGGCGGCUGUUCGGGGAGCAAGACUUUGCUAGCGUUUGUGUCCUCGUCACACAUGGACUUAUGACUCGAGUGUUCCUUAUGAAAUGGUAUCACUGGAGCGUCGAGUACUUUGAGGAUCUGCGAAACAUCAAUCACUGCGAAUUUGUGAUCAUGAAACUCAACGAGGAUAACGGCAAGUAUAUCCUCCAGAAUCAGCUUCGUACAUGGUCAGAAUUAAGGAAAGAGAAGGAACUCGAACGCCAGCGGGAGCGUGCUACCAGAGGGCUAGCAGCUUCUCACCCUCCGUCCCCCCUGGACUCCCCGAUUCCUAUCAGACGCAAGUGGGGAGGAUGUCCCGAUGGAUGUAGCCAUGGUCUUCACAGAAAGAGCUCACUGCGAUCAUCGCGAGCCCAUGCAGCUGACCAUGCGCACCACGAUCAUGACGCACAGCACAAGGUAGUGCACAGGGUAGCCCAGGACUCCGUCGCUCAACGGUCUUCUUCCGCCUCGUCCUCGUCACCAGCAGCAACUACAGAGGCACAAAUGCUCACAGCGCCUGAGCCCGCACUCGGAGAUCGCUCAGCAGAUACAAAGCCAAUAGAGAAGACAAUACCUUCACCAACUCCCCAGUACUGUUUUCCUGGACAAGACAACAGCAUGAAUUCCUCAAGCUCCAUGCAAAAUACACGAACAAAUUUGCAACUGCAGAGUAUUCAGGCAAACACCAUGGCAAACAUGUCCCACCUCCCCACUCCAGAAUCUCUGCUCAAAAGCCUAAGCUUGAUUCCUCGGCGCCCUGAUCUCCUCAGAUUCCAGCGUGACAGUGAAGACCACCUCCUUCACCCACCACAAUCGAACUACGGGCUGUUACAUCUUGUCGGCCGCGACGGUGGAGGUACUCUCAGCGGCGCAAACAGCGUCGCUCCCUCAGAGGAUGAACAAGAUAGCAUCAAGCUCGAAGAAUCCCCUUCAACUUCGAGUGCCGCCAAAGGCAGCUUCCACCAACCUCGUCCAUCCCAAGACCUAGGAAAUGACGGCGACGACGAAGGCAGCGGCAGGCAAACACCAAAAUCUCGGCGCACUCGGCCCCACAACCAUCAUCGUCAUCUCCCCACGCCCGGUCGCCGAAGCCUCACUAAAAAGCUCUUUAAGAUGGAGGAAACACCCGAAGGCAUCCGCACCGACUCCUUGAAACAAGACGGAGAUGAAAAGGAAGGAGAAUGGGGCGAGAGUGAACACGACGAUGAUAACGAAUCACAGCCCGAUCACAGCAACCAAAGUCAAACAGGCGACAACUACGACGAGGCCCUCGAAGCUGCCCGACAAGAAGACCAAAGUAUCAGAGGAAGUGUCUACUAACUAGCCUUUCUUCUUCUCUCUUUCCUUUCCAUUCUUUCAUCCGGGGUCCUCUCACAGACUCAUUCCUUGACCAUCCUAUACCCCUAUAGAUACCCCCCCCCUCUCCCCAAUUUGCUAGCCUAGAGUUAUUGCUUGCUUUCCCGCUGCCCAACAUCCAUUCCCUAUUUAUCCACCUGAUAUAUAGAGCAUUCGGAGAUCCACCAUUCUAUCUGCAUACACAUUAUAGAAUGGGUUCUGGAUUCUGAUUUAGGUACCAAUACAUACACAUCUACAUACAUACGUAUUGAACUAAAAUAGCUUAAAGAUACUACAUGAGACAGGUCAUUCUCACUCCCAUAUACAAACAAGCCUAAGGGAAAGAGAAAUGAAGAAAAGAGAUAGAGUGG